ACUGAUGCGUCACUCUCUUCGAAAGUGAAUUCUGCGACGUGGUACUGUUGCAGUUCUUUGUCGACGCUCUCAACCUUCAAGUCACGCUUGACGGUGCCACUGAAACCCUCGUCGCUGCUUUGACGCACAUGCCUCUGGUGAUAUUGGUGGAGACAAACGUCACCCUUGUUUGUGUGGACAACGUGCCUACCGACUCCUUACUGCAGAAGAAUCUUCAGACCUGUAUUCUCGCAAAGAUGAAGCUCGAAGUGGCCAGCACACGGAGGAGCCUUCUGGGUGAAGGGCCACACUGGGACAAGCGCAGUUCGACGCUGCUGUACGUCGACUGCCUAGGCCGGGAAGUGGUGCGCUAUGAUCCCUCCUCCAGCUUGGACCCACAGGUCACACCUACGGAAGGGCACAUCGGCAAUGUCAUCCCCUUCGCCGAAGACAAUCACCAGCUGGCUCUGUGCAUGGAACAUGGGCUGUAUCGACUGGACCUGGGCGCCCGCGAGAAACAGUUGCUGGUCGAGAUGGUCGACACCCAGUCACCGGUGAAUUCCAGACUGAAUGACGGAAAGUGCGACGCACUGGGACGCCUGUGGACUGGAUCAAUGCCAUCUAUGGGAGUGCGGAACAUGGUACCCGAGAAGUUCAAUUUAUGGUCUUACUCGAAGGGACAGCUGGAGCACAAGUUGGACAGGGUGACCAUCUCCAAUGGCAUCACGUGGACGAACGACAACAGGAUCAUGUUCUACGACGACUCGGUGCCCAGACAGAUCUACGCUUUCGACUUUGACCUUGCCACUGGAGAGAUUAGAAACCGGCGAGUGCUGGUCGACUUCAACAAGAAGCCCGGAUUUCAGGAGCUGGGUUUACCGGAUGGCAUGACCAUCGACGUGAAUGAUAAGAUCUGGAUUGCGUGCUUCGAAGGCAGCACCGUUAUCCAGAUUGACCCUGAGACUGCCACGAUCCUGACCAAAAUCGACUUUCCGGCCAAGUACACCACCUCAUGCUGCUUCGGAGGAGAAAACUUCGACGUCCUUUACGUCACGACGGCCAGCUUUCGUCCAGACGCCAAGAGGCCCGAGGAUGGCCGACUCUACAGGGUGACGGAGCUGGGCGCAAAGGGCAGGCCACCCUACGAGUUUGCCGGUUAGCCACGCCUUGCGCGAUGCUGGCAGAAGAAAGUCAGAAGACGGGUUCUGUGAUUACCAACGCAGCUUGAAAUCACGGUGGCACAUUCACACCGACGAAGUGCUACUU